GACAGCGAUGACACCUUGUCGAAGUAGAUUGACUGGUGUUGAGUUGAAUUUGGUAAAGGAAUGUUGACUUUUCUCAUUUCCUAUCUCGAACUUUAUCAAAGUUGAGUUCUUAUGGCUUUCCUAAUAUUUACCUUUGUUCUGUUAUUCUCGUUUGUCGACCUCCACCCGCUAUCGAAUUUUUUUGAUGAUUCCUUUUAGCGAGAGGAAACUAAAUGCAACACUGAUGCCUAUCCUCCACCACUAAAGGAUCAAAUCAGUGAUGUUUACAUAAACCUUGAUUUGAAACCAGAAGAUCGAUGGAAGGAAAUUUCAUUGAACAUGAAAGUGGAGUUGUUGGCAUUACUGCACGAAAUCAAGAACUUUACAAACUUCAUUUUGAAUGGAAAAUUAUUUAAUUAUAUAGACAAGGAUUUGCCUUUUAUAGCGGACACGCUACCCGAUCCAUACGGCAACGAAAUUAAAGGUAUUGCCAAGGCAACUGGCAUACCGCUUGGUGAGAUUGUUCUCUACAACAUAUUUUACGAGGUCUUUACUGUGUGUACAUCCAUUGUAGCACAAACACCUGGAGGUAAACUUUUCCAUGCUCGUAAUCUGGACUUCGGUCUUUUGCUUGGUUGGGACGUCGCCAAUAACACUUGGUCGUUGCCAGAAGUACUUCGUCCUCUCAUCCGCAAUUUUUAUUUUCAACGUAGUGGAAAAACCGCUUAUGUCGUUACGGGUUUUACUGGAUUUGUUGGCGCUAUAAGUGGAAUGAAACCGGGUGUUUUGUCAUUAACAAUGAACGAACGUUUUAAUGUCGACGGUGGAUUUGUUGGCAUUCUAGAAUGGAUUAUUGGUUUCAGAGGUGCCAAAUGGACGACCUUUCUUGCCAGAGACGUUCUUGAAAGUUCAAUAAGUUUUGAGAUGGCCUAUAAUGCUCUCUCCAACAAGAAAAUUUUGGCACCGUGCUACUAUAUUCUUGGCGGUAACAGCACUGGACAGGGAGCUGUUAUUACUCGAGAUCGCACUCGGUCAAUCCAUCCAAUGAGAAUGGAGCAGACCGAGGCGGGUUGGUACGUCUUACAGACGAACUACGAUCAUUGGAAAGCUCCGCUGAUCAUUGAUGACCGACGUACUCCUGGCAAGAAGUGUAUGAAUGAAAUGACACAAAAGAAAGUUGGAUUUAACGGAUUGUACAAUGUGCUGUCAACCAUACCAGUUUUGAACAAGCUUACAUCGUAUACAGUAUUGAUGCAAGUCAACACUGGAAAAGUGGAAUCAUAUCGUCGUUACUGCAACGAUCCUUGUUUUCCUUGGUAAUAUUAACUUUAAUUCUUACCCGAACAGUUAUUCCAUUACGUAAAUUUUGCCAAGGUUAAAGCGAACUGCUGAAGGGAAGAAGACGUACGUUCAUUCUCCUUUAUAAUAUAAAGACAUGUAUGAUUCUUAAAGGAACUUGAUUAUUUACAUUAAAUUCAGUCAUUUGUCUCAUGAUAAUGUCAUUGUUUGUCGGUGGUAUGGCCUUUGGAAAAUUUCUCCCUUGCAAGAUAACAGAAUUACAGCCAGCCAGUUUUCCUUGGUCAUUCUCGAUCCUAAUUAAAUAUUAUAGCGAUCACAUGUGACAUACAAGUAAAUUUACGUUUUAAACACA